GAGUACAAGAACAUCGAAUGAAUACAGUAGAAUUUGGAGGAUACUUUUUAGCAUUGGAUAUCUUAUUGGAAAAGAAUGUUGAUUGGAUCUACUAUGACAUUAAUGCAGAUGAUAAGAAUAUGGACGAGAUGCCAGAAAAUUUGAUAUAUGAAGAGCUUGGUGGUGGUAUGAUGGAUCUGAUUCUUGAUUUAUUUAUCCAUGCGGAUGGUCCGAGGCUGAGAAAUCGUACAGCUCACGGCGAAGCCAACCAUCUUAUUUCAUCGUCGCUUGUAUCGUCCAAUCCUCUGUACUCAUAUUAUGUCAGUCUAUUGGUUGUAUUGUGGGUUAAGUAUCAUACCAAAUCGUUAUUGAUUAAAUCCAUGGAGCUCAAAGAAGAUGAAAUUGAAUCAUCCCGAAAUGAAGAUUUUCAAAAUGAUGUCAAUAUAGAGGAUUCCUUUGGAACUUAUGAACGUUGGACAUCAACAUAUCAAUCACGAUUUCAUCCUGUACCCAUGUUAUGGAAAGAAAGUUUACACUUGAUUAUUAGCAUUUGGAAAUGCUGUAAGUUUGCAGAAAUGAUAGAAAAAACGGGAAGAUUUGUUUUGGGUGAUUGGAUCGAGUUUGUCUCUAGUGAUAAUUUCACAACUGCCUUUAAUGGUGACAUGACAUAUAAAGAUAUUGAAUUCGAAAAUUCGAGUAAUUAUUCCAGAAUCUUACCAGAAAGUUUGUUUCUGAGGCAAUUUUUGAAGGAGGUUAUUAAGGAGAACAAUAUUGUAAAUAUUGUGCGAAUGUUUCGUGAGAAAAUCAAGCCAAGUAGGUUUAAGAAUACAGAUACUAUUUUUUGGUGUCAAAGAAGGUUCACCAAGGAAGAUGCCAAGCUUGUUAAUUUUCAGAGAGUGGUGAUUGGUAAAGCUGAUUCUGGUGUUAAAAAGUUACAAGAAAUCCUCAAAUCGAUACACACCUCACCAUCUCUCUCAUCACGUAAACGCAAAAACAUACAAUCUCUAUUCUCCCUAUUCCCUACGAUCAUGCUAAAGUUAUAUUUCGCGAUAUUCACGUUAGAACAUUCGGUUAUCCUCGAACAACAAAUCUUGUCUACCACCGCUAAUCGACAAAAGCUCAUGUUGGCAGUACUGGUCUUUGUAGAAAG